AUGUCUACCUCCAUUGUCAUAGUCAUAUCCAUUCUGGCAUCACUAUCCUUUCUUCUCGUCAAGCAUACACUACGACCUAAGAAACCUCCCUUGCCGCCUGGGCCCAAAGGCCUACCGCUCUUGAGCAACAUCCGCGAUCUUCCACCACCAGGAACACUAGAAUGGCCUCAUUGGCAAAGUCACAAAGAGAAGUACGGUCCAAUCACAUCAGUUUCUGUGCUCGGACAGAACUUUGUCAUUCUGCACGACAGACAGGUCAUCAUGGAUCUUCUCGAAACGCGAGCGAUGAAGAGUGCUUCACGUCCUAAACUGGUCUUUGCUGGGGAUAUCGUUGGGUACGACGGUGUUAUGGGCUUGAUGCCGUACAAUCGGACCUUUCGAAUGCAUCGCAAACUCACAACCACGCAAGUCAGCCCCAGAUCUAUCACCCGAUUCGAACCUAUUCAAGAACUAGAGAUCCUCCGACUGUUGAAGAGACUCCACCAAGAUCCCAACAGUCAAAAACUUCCAGAUCAUCUGAACCAGUAUGUGUUCCUCACAACUCCCGAAGUAGAUACUCACUAG